CCGAUUCAAAUUUCGAAACUCGUACCACGGUGCGAAUGAAACGUAAAAUUUUGAAUUAAAAUUAUUUGAGCCUUCUGAUUGGCCAGUCGUAAAUAAACCAGCCAGUUUCAUAUCGUUUAUUAUCUGUGAUAGUGACGAACUUGGAUAACAGUUUUAUUAGUUUCCAAGUGUUGUGUUUAAGAUUUGUUUUAUUUUAAUUUUGGAUGCAAAUUCGAGGCCUGAGCAACUUAUAGAUCGUGGCUACGAUUAAUCAAUUCAAAGCGUCUGGUGUCGCAAGACUUAUGGGACUUAUAGGAUAGUGUGGAACUGAAGUGAAAAAGUUCAUUUGCAGUAAUGAUGUGAAAAAGACAGACAUAAUGCGGCUGUCGGCGUUGGUGUGUCUUGUGGCUCGACUGGGUUUAUCAGCGGGUGGCGGCGAGAACGCCAAUGAAGUGGACACACUCAAACGAAGUGACAUCAUACCAGUCAGCGAGACAGCUGUCAGCGAUGCCAGCUUCAUCCCUGAUGUGAACGGGACCAUCUCCUCGGAGAACAUGGGGCAGCCCUACUUUGAUAACACCACUAAGAGGGACUACACCGCUGCGGUAGGACAGCCAGCGUAUAUGCAUUGUCGGGUCAAAAAUUUGGCGGAUCGGGCGGUAUCCUGGAUCCGCAAGCGAGACCUGCACAUCCUCACAGUUGGAGUUCACACCUACAGCAGCGACGCCCGUUUUGCAGCGUUGCACACAGAUGGCUCUGACGAAUGGACCCUCAGGGUUGCGCCGGCGCAGCCGAGAGACUCAGGCGGUUACGAGUGCCAAGUUUCGACAGAGCCGAAGAUAAGCUUAUCUUUUAGGCUCACUGUUGUAGUAUCCAAGGCGGAGAUCCUGUCAGGGCCUGAGCUGUUUGUGAGGGCUGGCUCCGACAUCAACCUCACUUGCAUCGCCAGGCAUGCCCCGGACCCACCAAGCUUCAUCUACUGGUACCGCGGUUCUCACGUGGUGAACUACGCGCAGCGGGGCGGCAUCAGCGUAGAGACCGAGCAAAGGACCAGGACCAGCCGUCUGCUCAUAGCACGGGCCUCGCCCAGGGACUCUGGGAACUAUACGUGCGCGCCCAGUAGUUCUGAUUCAGCGUCAGUGGUGGUUCACGUGGUGAGCGGUGAAAGACCAGCGGCAAUGCAGAGUAAAGCUAUGAGGUUGACUCCUACCCUACCAUCAUCAGUCAUCAUCAUCAUCAAACUGACACAGAAGAGAAUCUUCACCAAAACCUUCGAGCACACCUACAAGUUUACAUCAACAAUCAUAACCAAAAUUAUUCUGAUAACCAAAUUUUUGUGGGGAUACCGAGUAAGGCGAUUCAUCACGAGAUGACCAAAUUAAAGCAGAUACAUGUAAUGUGUUUCACUUAAUUAGUUAAUUAGAUUGUCUAAGACAAACUGACGUAUGAAGAAACGAAUUAUUAAUAAGUAUUUCAUUAUUAGUCACUAAUGGUAUUCGAUGUGUAAACGUGACGUUUGUUUAAAAUCAUUUUGAUGAAA